GUCUGGUUGAAUUUUACGGGGCGGAUUGCUGUAAAAGUAACCCUAUGAUUGGGGCAACAAAUUUCGCUCUCCGCUUCGUGUUUCCCUUCCCAGUGCCGGUAAAGUGUCCAGGGACCCUGAGCGCGUGGAGUCCGGAAUGUCCGAGAGGGAGAGCGCUGAACGCUGCAGCUUUGAGGCUUCAUCACUGACAACCUGCGGACCAGAUGGUGCCGAGAAAAUGACUCGGGCUCUCUCCAUCCUCGCUUACCUUUUCUCUCUGGUUCACUGUAGCAGCAGUGCUGACUCAGAAGAGCGGCUCAUGAACUGGUUGCUGGGAAAGGAUCGCUACAAUCCGCUCAUCCGGCCGGCUGUCAACAGGACCGAGAGGGUCACAGUGAAGCUGCAAGUGUCUCUGGCACAGCUCAUCAGCGUGAAUGAAAGAGAACAGAUCAUGACCACGAAUGUCUGGCUCACUCAGCACUGGGUGGAUUACAGGUUAUCAUGGGACCCAGCAAAGUAUGAAGGUAUCGACAAGCUGCGUAUUCCCUCCAGACACAUCUGGCUCCCAGAUAUCGUUCUGUACAACAAUGCUGAUGGUACCUAUGAAGUAACACUCUUCACCAACGCCAUUGUCCUUUCCAAUGGCAGCAUCAACUGGCUUCCUCCAGCCAUCUACAAAAGCGCCUGCAAGAUUGAGGUCAAGCAUUUUCCCUUCGACCAGCAGAACUGCACCCUCAAGUUCCGCUCUUGGACGUAUGACCACACCGAGAUUGACCUGAUCCUAAAGUCUGAGGUGGCCAGUAUGGAUGAUUUCACUCCCAGUGGGGAGUGGGAUAUCUUGGCACUGCCAGGCAGACGGACUGUCAGCCCUCUGGAUCCCACCUAUGUGGACCUCACGUAUGACUUUAUCAUCAAGAGGAAGCCCCUUUUCUAUACCAUAAACCUAAUCAUUCCCUGUGUUUUGAUCACCUCUCUGGCCAUCCUGGUCUUCUACUUGCCUUCAGACUGUGGAGAGAAGAUGACCCUCUGCAUCUCUGUCCUCUUGGCUCUCACUGUGUUCCUGCUUUUGAUCUCAAAGAUUGUUCCUCCAACCUCACUGGAUGUGCCUCUCAUUGGCAAGUACCUGAUGUUCACCAUGGUGCUGGUGACCUUCUCCAUCAUCACCAGUGUGUGCGUGCUCAACGUGCACCACCGCUCUCCCAGCACCCACACCAUGCCUUCCUGGGUCAAGCUGAUAUUUCUUGUCAAACUGCCUGCCUUGCUCUUCAUGAGACGACCUCACAAUAAUUCAGCACGUCAGAGACUUCGCCAGCAGCAGUGCUUACGAGCAAGGAGAGCCAUUUUGGGUUUGGGUUACCCAGUUGCACCCAAAACAGGCAUCACCGUGUCAUCCUCUGCCUUGCUGUCCUCUGACUCUGCCUUCUCCACCCCAGGACACAAAAAUGUUGCUCCCUCAGUGGGCUACAGCCACACCAACAGGAAGGAGCAGGACUUGCGCUCCACUGAUUACCUUCCCACUGGUUUCACAUCCACCCAGGACCUCCAGCAGAGAAGCAACUCAGAUUGGGCUGCUGAUGUCCAGGAAGCGGUGAACGGGGUACGCUUUGUGGCUGAACACAUGAUGGGAGACGAGGAUGAUCAGAGUGUGAUAGAGGAUUGGAAGUAUGUGGCUAUGGUGGUGGAUCGUAUGUUCCUGUGGAUCUUUGUGAUAGUUUGCGUCGUGGGAACCCUGGGCCUGUUUCUCCAGCCUGUCUUCCAGAGUCAGAUUAUUCCCAACCAGCAGCCCAGCUCAGAGACUCCUCGCAUCUGAUUAUCCUCGCAUCAGCGAGAGAGAGAGAGAGAGAGCAACUGUAUGGUCUUCAUAAACAAUUAAGCUGUUAGGAUAAACAUAGUUACAAGGUCAUGUAGGCCAGUAUUUUAAUUUAUUUUAUUUUUUUUUUAGUUUUGAAGUCUUAGUAUUUGCUUGUAGUGCUGUAUUGGCAGGGACCAUAAGCACUGACAUGAUGCCCUCUGUGCCAAAUCCUACCAAUAAGGCACCUGAGUGGGUUGCAGGCAAAAAAAACAAAAACAAAAACUUAUCGUGCGCAUCAGUGAACAGACAGGAUCUUUGUGCAAGAGAAAAAUGCAUAAAAUGUCUUUUAAUAAUCAAAACCACAUGGCCUACAGCAAUGCAACCCUCUACAGCACAUUCUUUUGAGGAAAUGGUGCAUCUGCAAGUGACCUACUGCGGAAUCAUUGCAUUGAGGUCAUUUCAUUUCAUAUCUUGAAAGGACAGCUCCAGAACUAGAUUGAAUGUAGCCUCCGCUGCACUCAAGUAUGCAAACAUUAUAUGUGCUGAACUGUUGCAGGAGUGUAACCAAUAUGACAAAGAUAUGAGUGACAUUUGUCUGCUGUCAGAUGUUGCUUAACUCUUUAUUUGUGUUUAAGUUAUACUACCUUAUCAUUCAAAUGUGAUGUGUGAUUAAAGAAUGAAUAAUAAAGGUAAAUCAGUGUCCUCUUUCACUUUCAUUAAAUGUAUGAAA